AUGGCUCAAAAAGGGAUGAACCUGUGUAACGUGUGCUGCCUGCUGCUGUGGGCCGUCACGGCGGUGCUCGCCGGGCGAGACUUCUACAAGAUUUUGGGAGUAGGCAAGUCGGCGUCCAUCAGGGAUAUUAAGAAGGCCUACAGAAAGCUGGCUCUCCAGUUACACCCCGACAGGAACCAGGACGACCCCGAAGCUCAAGACAAAUUCGCCGACUUGGGGGCAGCUUACGAGGUGCUCUCAGACGAGGAGAAGAGGAAGCAGUACGACAUGUACGGGGAGGACGGGCUCAAAGAGGGCCACCACAGCUCCCACAACGACAUCUUCUCCAGCUUCUUUGGUGACUUUGGCUUCAUGUUCGGAGGCAACAGGCAGCAGCAGGACCGGAACAUCCCCAGAGGAAACGACAUCAUCCUGGACCUGGAGGUCACGCUGGAAGAGGUGUACUCUGGGAACUUUGUGGAGGUGGUUCGCAACAAGCCCGUGGCCAAAGAGGCCCCCGGCAAGAGGAAGUGCAACUGCCGGCAGGAGAUGAAGACCACGCAGCUCGGGCCGGGCCGGUUCCAGAUGACCCAGGAGACGGUGUGCGACGAGUGCCCCAACGUCAAGUGGGUCCAGCUCCCGUCUGGGGGAAGGGGGGGUUAUCUUUAG